CCAGGGGGGGUGCCCGGGGGGGGGGGCGCUAGGGUCAUGCUGCGGCUGGGGGCGGUGGCGCUGCGGGUGCUGCUGGGGGGCCGGGCUCGGGCCCCCCCGGGGGCUCUGCGCAGCCCCGCGCUCUCCUCUGCCCCCUCCGCCCCCUCCUCCGCCCCCCCGCAGCCGCUGGUGGUGGAGCUGAAGGCGGGGAAGAAAUACGCGUGGUGCUCCUGCGGGCACAGCAAGACGCAGCCUUUCUGCGACGGCUCGCACCGGACGGCGGCCCCCGGGGUGUCCCCGCUGCGUUUCACGGCCGAGGCGGACGGGGCGGCCCCGCUGUGCGCCUGCAAACGCACCCGAACCCCCCCCUUCUGCGACGGCAGCCACCGGGAGCAGGCGGCCCCCCCCGGCCCCCAGCCCUGAGCACGGCCCCGCUGCGGAAACUCGGCCCCGACGGGGGUCACGGAGGCUGGGAAACGAAACCUCCCCCCCCCCCGGGACCGGGAGCAGCAGGGAGCUGGGGGGCACCCCCCCGGCCCCCCCCCCCGGGAGCUGGGUCCCUCAGACGCAGCCGGGUGCCUGGCAAUCUGCAGCAUUUAUUCCAUGUACAAAGCUGUCGUGAUACAAAUGUUUAACCAAUGUCGAUAUAUGGGUAUCAGAAUAUCUUACAGGACAUUAAAACGCCGUACAGGAUGCAAACAUA